UCGGUAGACUUUCUCUGGACUGCCUGAAAUGAUCAUCGUCAUGUGAUUUUGCAAAAAACUUAUAUUUUACAUUUUUAAAAUGACUUCAACAGCGGGAACGGCACUCUCCUUAGUUUUGGUGAUUAUCUUGUGCUUUGGAGUCUCAAAGGCACAGUUUGAGGAUCAUCGUUGUAAGUGUGUAUGUCCAGGCAACCCUGUGAAUGUAACAGUCCUCACUCUAGCUGCUGUAGAAUGUACUUGUGAGCAUGUUACAAAGAGGAGUGAGCUGGAAUGCUUGAGGUGUGAAUGCCACUAUGAAGAAAGAAACACAAUCACGAUCGAGAUCGUAGUUGUCUUCCUCAUAGUCUUCGCUGGGAUACUGGUUCUGUAUCUUAUUGCCUUAUUGAUCAUGGACCCUGGUAUGUUAAAGAGGGGGCAUGCGGAUCAACGGCGAAUGCUGCAUGAAACAGAUGAGGUAACGUCAUCAUCAAGAUCAACUCGCAAACCGUCUUACAUCGAUCGUGUUGGAUCGGCUCAGAAGAGAUGGAGACGAAAAGUGAUUCAACAAAGGAGAGACGUGUUUGAGACUCACACAUUACUCAGCUAACGAGAUCAGGUCCAGACCUACAAGCAGUGAGCUCAUGUAGCAUUAGGCCAGGGCCUGCAGGGGCUAUCCAUUGCCUCAAAACACCAGAUAAACUUAUGUUGAAGCUUCCCAAAUACAGAUAAUGGAACAUCUUCCAGUACUAUAAUAAGUAGUGUGGUUAAUCAUUGAAGAUAAUUUUGUUAGGCUAGUCGCUAGACACACAAGGCCUGAAGGCCACUUCAAGGUGUCGGCUGCAAAUGAACUAUUUUUCUAGGGGCCGUUGCCACCUUAUCUUGGGCUGAAACAGGGUUACCCCCUUUACAGUCCAUACGGAUGUAGGCUUGG